AUGCCUCAAUUAAAUCCCUCACCUUGAUUAAUAAUUCUACUAUUUACAUGAUUAAUCUUUAUUACUAUUAUCCCGCCUAAAGUAAUAGCACAUAAAUACCCCAAUGAACCAAAUGUUCUAAGCACUAAAACAUUAGAAACAACCCCUUGAAACUGACAAUGACACUAA